AAAAGAAAUAUGUAAGCACCCCCCACACCACUUUAAUCUAAUAUUUCUUUCUUUUUCUCUUCUGUUCUGUACACAAUACAAUCAUCAAAUCUCUCUCUCAGAGGACAGAGUACAGUACUUUUCUAUUGUACAUAUUUGUGCAUCCAAUGUGUUUCUUCAUUGUAAUUUGUCCUUCUUUACCUUCUUAAAAACCACCUUAUUUCUCACUACUUCCAGACAUGUCAUAACAGAAUCACAUUGCUUUGCUCUCUCUCUUUCUCUCUGUAUUUGUGUUGGAAAGUAAAGCAAUCACUUGUAAUUGAAAAGAAGUUGCGAUGUUGCCAAAUUCAUCACUCUUCAAUUGAAUACACAGAAAGAAUCUUAAACUUGUUGAGUUGGCUCUUUCAAGAUUCAUUCUUGAAAGCCUUAAUGCACUCUCUGUGCCACAAAACGGACUCUUUUAUUCUCUGAAAAUUCACAAAUACAGAGUCGGGGGAUUUAGAUUGUCUCAAUUCUUAAAUGGGUUCUCUGAAAAUGGAAUCUUGAAGGCUUUUCCUCUCUGUUUGUGCCUCAAAACAACCUGUCGACCAUCUGGGUCUCCCAAAAUGGCUACUUUAGAAAUGCCCCACAUAGACCUAGAAUGCGGCCGCCGCAGCUCAGCCGGCGUCGGCAGCCCCACCAGUGAAGAGGAGGAGGAAGGCAGCGUCUGUUUCUCCGACGCUGACGAGGGUUCUUGCAACUCGCAGUUCUAUUCCACUGCUGGUGGUGAUGGGUCUUAUGAUGAUUACAGCAUUGGGUAUAGCUCUGAGAUUUUGGAGGAUGGGGCUUUUGAAUCUAGGAGAGCCUCAUCAGCGGCUGAUCUUUCUGACUCCUCAGUAGAUAUAGAAAGUGGUGGGCUUGUUGAAAAGAAGGUGCAUUUGGGGAUAGUUGAGAGAGAUUGUAGGAUUUGUCAUUUGAGUUUGGUGAGUAGUAGCCCUGGUUCUGGGGUUGCCAUUGAGUUGGGGUGCUCUUGUAAGGAUGAUUUGGCUGCUGUUCAUAAACACUGUGCUGAGACUUGGUUCAAAAUCAAAGGAAACAAGACUUGUGAAAUUUGUAAUUCAGUUGCACGAAACGUUGUUGGCCCUAACGACAUUGAGGCUGCACAAGUAGCCAGCGAGGGUAGUCUUGUUGCAUCGGCUGCAUCCUCCGUUCCAGCACCCUCUGCUACAGAGACACGAAGUUGCUUAACCGGCCACCGUUUCUUAAAUUUUCUUCUUGCUUGUAUGGUGUUUGCUUUUGUCAUAUCUUGGCUCUUCCACUUCAACAUCCCUUCAUAGGUUUUGUGUAAAACUUCAUGUACAAGAUAAUUGGGAGAGCCUGUAAAGAUGAUUCCAGACUUGCACCAGUCCUAUUGCAUGCUGCAUCUGUAUCUCUGAUUGCCUA